AUGAAUUCAAAAGCGGUCUAUUGUCUUGUAGCAAUAAGCAUCACCAUUGUUAUUAUUUUAGCCUUGAGUUUCCGAAAUACAGAGGAAAAACCCACAGAUUGUGAGAACUCUUCCCAAACAAAGGGGCAAGAGGAAGGUGGUCAAGAUACUGACAAACAGGUAUUUCAAGAUUUAACCCCAGAAGAGAUAAUACAAGUAAAGAGGUAUUUAGAGUCCAACCUGGGAGUACCACUAGUGGAGACGCCUCAAGCCAAACCAUCAGACAACUGCAUUUAUUUGAUCACUGUGCAGCUCCCUCCCAAAGCACAAGUAUUACAAUUCUUAGAUCAUCAAGGUUCUAGACCAGCACGGGAAGCUCUGGCUGUGGUCCAUUUUGGAAAUCAGGUGGACCCCAAUGUGACAGAAUUUGUGGUGGGUCCACUACCAGAACCAACAUAUCAUGAUGAUAUCACGGCACAAAAAUAUGGAAGGAAACUGUCUUAUUCUCAAAGAUUUGUUUUGACAAAUGAGUUUAAUGAAAUCAAUGAAUUUUUAAAGGACGAAUAUCCUAAGGCUCCAAUAUUCAUGCAAGAGGUUCUCAAUUACAAUGGAAGCAAUAUUCAAUACAUUCAUCAAUUGCCACCAGGACUUAAAUCAGGAGAUCGCAAAAUGUGGGUGAGUCAUUUCCAGAAUGUGACUGGCUAUUAUUUGCAUCCCGUUGGGCUUGAGGUCCAAGUGGAUCACAGUAGCCUGAAUAUUUCCGAGUGGAAGGUAAUAAAAGUUUUCUAUAAUGGACAAUACUUUGAAGACAUGGAAGAUCUUGAGAGACAAUUCAAUAUGGGACAGGUUACAGUAGACAAGGUUAUAGAGGCCCCUCCUGAUGGAGGUCAUUCAUCACUGAAGCAAAGGGUGUCAUCAAAUCUUACACACCCUUUGCAGUAUGUACCUCGUGAACCACGCUAUAGGAUUCAGAAUAAUCAAGUCACCUUUCUGAACUGGAGUUUUGCAUUUGGAAUUGAUGCCAGCAGGGGUCCACGUAUCUUUGAUGUCAGGUUUAAUGGAGAAAGAAUAAUCUAUGAAUUAAGUUUGCAAGAAGCAAGUGCUAUCUAUGGCUCCAACAGUCCUACUUCUAUGUUGAUCAGAUACAUGAAUAUGGGUUUUGGACUUGGAUCAUUUAUCUUUCCACUCACCCAGGGAGUAGAUUGUCCUUAUUUAUCCAGUUACUUGGACUGGCACUUUUUUUAUGAUACUUCAUUACCUGUUAGCCGUAAAAAGGCUAUCUGCAUCUUUGAGCAGAAUGCUGAGUUACCCAUACGACGACAUUAUGAAAGCAUCCAGUCUCCUUUUUAUGGAGGGUUGGCAGAUUCAAAGCUAGUGUUCCGAACCAUAUCUUCACUUGGCAACUAUGACUAUGUCUGGGAUUUUAUUUUCCACCAAAAUGGAGCUGUUGGUGUUCGAGUCCAUGUCACUGGGUACAUUCAAACUUCAUUUUACUUUUGUAAUGCCAAAGACUUUGGCAACCGAGUUCAAGAAAGAGUGCUUGGAAUAAUUCUCACCCACAAUAUUCAUUUCAAGGUGGAUUUGGAUGUUGGUGGUGUGGAAAAUACCCUGGUUGUCAAUGACAUGGCUUUUGAAACCAUGCAGGUCCCUUGGAGUCCAGAACAUAACAUCCAUCGAAUGAAGAUGGUGAGGAAAGUUUUGGACACUGAGACCAAGGCAGCAUUCCGUCUCCAUGACAACGUGCCCAGAUACAUUUAUUUUGCAUCCAACCACACAAACAAGUGGGGCCAUGAGCAAGGCUAUCGGAUCCAGAUGGUCAGCUUUUCUGGAGACCAUCUGCCAGAGUUGGAUCCAAUGGAGCCAGGCCUCAGUUGGGGUCGUUAUAAACUAGCUGUUACAAAGAGGAAGGAAAAUGAACCUUUCAGCACCACUGCCUACAAUCAGAUUGACCCAUGGAAUCCUCCCGUAGCCUUUGCUGACUUCAUAAACAAUGAGAACAUUGUAAAUGAGGAUCUGGUUGCCUGGAUCAAUACUGGCUUUCUCCAUAUUCCACAUGCUGAAGACAUACCCAAUACUGCAACCCUUGGGAAUGUGGUUGGUUUCUUCUUGAGACCCUACAAUUAUUUUGAUGAUGACCCUUCCAUGUAUUAUCCAGACAGUGUUUUCUUCAUUGAUCAACAGGAUUCCAAUAUCUGUGAGAUCAUAGUAACAUGUUUGGCAAAAAUAGCUUCAUGUUGCCCAUUUCCCCCCUUCCAAAACAUGACAACUUUCUAA